ACCCGCAGCCGGCCCGGCAGUGGCGGCAGGGAUGCACGGCGGAGGGGUCAUGCGUACCGGAGCCGCCCUGCUGCAGGCGGCCGGUCUACUGAGCCUCCUGUCCGCCGCCGUCGCUGCCUCCGCCGCCUCCGCCCGACACCGGCCGCCGCACAUCGUCCUCAUCGUGGCCGACGACCUGGGCUUCGACGACGCGAGUUUGCGCGGCUCGGACCAGAUCCCGACGCCCAACCUGGACGCGCUGGCCGCGACCGGCGUGCCGCUGAGCCGCUACUACGUGCACCAGCUGUGCACGCCGUCCCGGGCAGCGCUGCUCACCGGCCGACUGCCGGUGCACACGGGCCUGCAGACGGACGUCAUCUAUGGCGCCGAGCCGUACGGUCUGGCCCUGGACGAGGCGCUGCUGCCGCAGUACCUGGAGCGACGCGGCUACCGCUGCCACGCCGUCGGCAAGUGGCACCUGGGCUUCUACCGGGAGGCCUACACGCCGACGCGUCGCGGUUUCCGCUCGCACUUCGGCUACUGGACCGGGCACAUUGACUACUACGACCACACGGCCCACGAAGGCGCCCUCUGGGGGCUGGACCUGCGGCGAGGGCUGCAGCUGGUCGGCGGCGCGUUCGGCCAGUACACCACCGAGCUCUUCACGACCGAAGCCGAGAGACUGAUAGGCGCGCACAACGCCUCGCGCCCGCUGUUCCUCUACCUGGCGCACCACGCGGUGCACGCCGGCAACGCCUACGCCCCGCUGCAGGCGCCGGCCGCGGCGCGCGCGCGCUUCCCCUGGAUCACGGACGAGCGGCGGCGCGCGUUCGCCGGCAUGGUGUCCGAGCUGGACGCGUCGGUGGGACGCGUGGUGUCGGCGCUGGCCGCGGCUGGUCUCCUCAACGACACGCUGCUCGUGUUCACCACAGACAACGGCGGCGCAGUGGGGGGCGUUGACGCCAGCGCCGCCUCUAACUGGCCCCUGCGCGGCGGCAAGUACACGCUGUGGGAAGGGGGCGUGCGCGGCACCGGACUGGUGUGGAGCCCGCGCCUGCCGCGCCGCUCGCGGCCGCUCUCACGCGCUGUGCACGUCACAGACUGGCUGCCGACGCUGUACGAGGCGGCCGGCGGCCGGGCGGCCGACCUGCGCCGACUGGACGGCGUCAGUCAGUGGGCGGCGCUGAGCGCCGACCCGUGCGAGUUCACCGACCUGUCGCCGGCACAGCCGCAGCUCCGCGCGCGGUUGCUGGCUCUGCUGGAGCGCUACAGGCGCUCCAUGGUGCCGUCGCGCAAGAAGCCGGCCGACCCGCGCGCCGACCCGCGCCUCUGGGGCUACAGCUGGGUGCCGUGGGCCGACAUGACGCCAACGUGA